AUGGAGAACCAAUUAGAGUCGCUAAGUACGCUGUGUAAGAAGCUUCUAGACGCGACGACGCUGGCAAACUCGCAAACCAAGGUGCUGAUGAAGCACGCUAAUACGAUGUAUCUACGUGUUGAGAUGGCGAAGCAAUCCGCGGGACAAGCGGACCCGGACUUUGAUGAGAGCCUUAGCGGUGACGUGGCAGAAGCUCAAGAUCUGACCGCCACUCACCCCUCCUCUCCCGCGCGUUCCGCCGUCCCAUCCGCUGCUGCCGCCAACGCAUCUCCCGCUGCUGCGGGAAACGGAACAGACGCAUCCGCCCCGGCCAAUCCCGGCGCCGCUGCUGCUGCAGCCGCCGCGUCCGCCGCUUUUCGCGCAGCAGCGGCAGCGGGAGCGUCGGGGCGACCAACUCCCGAGGAGCUGGGGAUGCAUUUGCGAAUGCUUGGCGACAUGAACCUUGGUUCGGAUCGCAGCGUGGGCGACGUCGUCGCGUCAGUGCUGCAGCAGCUGAAUGGGAUGAACAAUCACCACGGAAUGAAUAGUCACCCGGGGAUGAGUAAUCACCACGGCAUGAAUCACCACGGGAUGAGCCACCACGGAAUGAUGCCGUUUCCGCCGGGGAUGUUCCCCCUUCCGCCGCCCGGAGUCCUUCCCCCGCACGGCGUCUUCCGCGCCCCGGGAUCCGCGCAUCCGCCGCUUCCGCCGCCAGGAUCCGCCCCCGGGCCUUCGGACGCGGACGGGAUGAGCAGCUCCGGCGGAGGAGGUUCCGUGGCACCUGGAGCCCCGGGUUCGGCGGCGGCAGGAGCGGGAGGCGCGGGGGUUCCAGGUCCCCCUGUGCUUCCGCCGAUGUGGAUGUCUCCCCACGGGUUGGCGUUUUGGCCGCGCCCGGGGGGAAAUAACGCCAUGCAUCAUCCCCCCCCGAUGGGGGGAAACCUGGGCGGGAGGGGCAGCACAGGCGGAAUGGGGUCCCCCGCGCCCCCUGCGCCUGCGCCGUCCGCGGAAGGCAAGGAGGGAGGACGUGGCGGAGCGAGCGCAUGGAUGUCCGCGGGAGGGGGCGGAACGGCCGGAGCGGGCGCGGUGCAGCAUCAGGGCUUUGAAGCGCCGCAGAAAUCGCAUCUGGGGGUUGAAGGGGGGGCGCAAAAGUCGCUUUUGCCAUCCGAGGGCGCGCAGAAGGCGCAUGCGCCGCCGCAGCACCCAGGGCAGCACGGGCAGCACCCGGGGCAGCACCCAGGGCAGCGGAAAGGGGGCGCGGGGAACCACCCGCACGCGGAAGGGCGGGGGUUCCAGGGGUGGAGCGGGGGAGGAGGGGGAGGGGGCGUGGGGAAGGAUGCGGGGAAGGACGGAGGGAAGGGCGCGGGUGAUGGGGGAGAAGGUGAGGGUGCAAAAGCAGGCGGAGGCGUAGGGGGUGGGAGUGGGGGCGGGACAAAGCGGAGUGCUGCGGCUGCUGCUGUUGGUGCAGGGGGUGGUGGCGGUGGCGGCGGGGGUGGUGGUUGUGCAGAGGAAGACGGCGACGAUGGGGCAGUGUUGCAUAAGAGGCCACGCAUGCCGUCAUCGAAGCCAUCAGCGCCAGAGAUGCCAAUGGACGGGUGGGAGUGGCGCAAGUACGGCCAGAAGGUCACCCUCGGCCAGACCUACCCCAG